ACCACACUCUCCGCCCGGGUAGCGCCCGCUGUCGCCGCCACCAGCUCUUUCGGCCGCCGGCACGGCACCGUCCACCGAGGAGCUGCGCCCGCCCUCCUCACUCCCGCCACCGACUCCCUUCUCCGCCAGGACGCACCGCCCAGCAGCCGGCGCCGCCCCCUGGUCAACUUUGAGCUGGAGGAGAAGCAACUUUGACAGUGACCACGGUUUCGCAUCCCGCUUCUCCACGGCAGCCGCGGCCUGGCGAGUCGCUGGGGUUAGGUGGGGCAAGAGUUUCCCGGGCGCGUCUGCGCGGCGUCUGGCUGUUUGCAACCUGUUUCCAGCGAGCCGGGAGCGGGAUUGUGGCUGCCAGUCAUCUGAAGAAGGGGAACUUGUUUUUCUCCCCCCGUAGCGACCUCGGCUUACAACUGGAGAAAGCGGUUGAAAGGAUGUAAAAAGGCAGCACAACUGUUACCAACUGGAUAAAGCUGUAUCGAAAGGAUGUAAAUAGGCAGAGCAACUGUUACCAAGAAGGCAACCACCCAAAGGCAGGGAGGAACGUGGGGCUUGGUCCGGGCUUCUCCCGGUAGCAACAUUCAUCAACAGUCAGGUGUUGGUUACAACUUUUCAAGGUCAGCCGUCGGGAGCAGUGACUCCCUCUCUGAACCUUGCGGGGGGGAUACGCAGCGCUCGGGGUGGGUUCGGCCGAGAGAUGCACGGGAAGCCAAACGAGGAAGGAUUGUAGAGGGGGAGGGUUUGUGACCCAAGACCCAUCCCCCAACCUCCCCGUAAUCUCCCGUCCCCCACUGCCGGGGCGGGGGUGAGUAUGUGACAUGUGUCUAACUCUCAGCAGCAACUUAGGCAGCAGGUGUCGGUCCUGCUGCGGCCGCCGGGUGCGCCCUCACCGAGCCAUGCGGGCCCCGGGCUCGCCUCUCGCCCGCACCUUGCGGGUGCUGCUUCUGCUACUACUCAAGGUUUCUGCCUCUCCUGCCCUCGGGUCCGCUUCUUCGCCAAGAAACGAAACUUGCCUGGGGGAAAACUGUUCACCUGCACUGAGCCACCGUCGCAGCAGGGACUCUUGGGGACUGGGAAAUUCUGCAGAAGACCUGCUAGCCCGUGCGCUCAGGGAGGAGGAGCAGGGGGCAGCGGUGCGCGCACCGCCCUUUAGGGACAUAAGGGCAGCUCCGGGAGGUGACCCAGGUGAGGGCAGAGGGGCGGAGGCGUUGAUCGCAGAACCCUCGGGACCUCCAGCCAGGCCGCCUGGAGCCUGGAGGUGGAAAGGUGUCCGAGGUCAGGAGCCCCCUGGAACUUUGGCGAGAGGGAACCCCCCGGCUCUCCAACUCCUCCUUCAGAUCUCAGAGGAGGAAGAGAAGGGUCCUAGAGGCUCUGGCAUUUCUGGGCACAGCCAGGAGCAGAGUGUGAGGGUGGAACCUGGCGCCAGCGACCUUUAUUACUGGCCAAGGAGAGGCGGGAAACUCCAGGGCUCCCACCACGACACCCCACCCAAGACGGUCAAUGGACUGUCUGGGCACGAAGGGAGGACAAUUGCACCCCCUGGCAGGGCGCUGGCCCAGAAUGGGUCCUCGGGCGAAGGGAUCCACGAGCGCGGGGGUCCCCGCCGGGGAAACAGCACAAACCGACGCUUGAGAAUAAAGAACCCCUUCUACCCACUGACCCAGGAGUCCUACGGCGCCUAUGCGGUCAUGUGUUUGUCUGUGGUGAUCUUCGGGACUGGCAUCAUUGGCAACCUGGCGGUGAUGUGCAUCGUGUGUCACAACUACUACAUGCGGAGCAUCUCCAAUUCCCUCUUGGCCAACCUGGCCUUCUGGGACUUUCUCAUCAUCUUCUUCUGCCUUCCGCUUGUCAUCUUUCACGAGCUGACGAAAAAGUGGCUGCUGGAGGACUUCUCUUGUAAGAUUGUGCCCUAUAUCGAGGUGGCUUCCCUCGGAGUCACUACCUUCACCUUAUGUGCUCUGUGUAUAGACCGCUUCCGAGCAGCCACCAACGUGCAGAUGUACUAUGAAAUGAUCGAGAACUGUUCUUCCACAACUGCCAAGCUUGCUGUCAUAUGGGUGGGUGCCCUACUGUUAGCACUUCCAGAAGUCGUUCUCCGCCAGCUGAGCAAGGAGGAUUUGGGGUUUAGUGGCCGAGCUCCCGCGGAACGCUGCGUCAUCAAGGUCUCCCCUGACUUACCGGACACCAUCUACGUUCUAGCCCUUACCUAUGACAGCGCAAGACUCUGGUGGUACUUCGGCUGUUACUUUUGUUUGCCCACACUUUUCACCAUCACCUGCUCUUUAGUGACUGCGAGGAAAAUCCGCAAAGCGGAGAAAGCCUGUACCCGAGGGAAUAAGCGACAGAUUCAGCUGGAAAGCCAGAUGAACUGUACAGUGGUGGCUCUGACCAUUUUGUAUGGGUUUUGCAUCAUUCCUGAAAAUAUCUGCAACAUUGUUACUGCCUACAUGGCUACGGGGGUUUCCCAGCAGACCAUGGACCUGCUUUAUAUCAUCAGCCAGUUCCUUUUGUUCUUUAAGUCCUGUGUCACCCCUGUCCUCCUUUUCUGUCUUUGCAAACCCUUCAGUCGGGCCUUCAUGGAGUGUUGCUGCUGUUGCUGUGAUGAGUGCAUUCAGAAGUCUUCGACAGUGACCAGCGACGACAAUGACAACGAAUACACCACAGAACUCGAACUCUCGCCUUUCAGUACCAUCCGCCGCGAAAUGUCCACUUUCGCUUCUGUUGGAACGCAUUGCUGAAGAACAGCCUUUUCUUUGGUUAGAUCUAUGUGUUUGAUUUUCAUAUCCUGUCAACGUUUUUACUUCAUAUUUUUCCCUGCCGGGGAAAAAUGCAACGAAAGAGAGAAAUAUUAACGACUGUAGAACUGAUUUUGCAAAUUAAUAUUUGUGCUUUGAAAAAAAAGGUUUAUAUUUAGUUAUUUAAGACGUAUGAGAAGGCCAAUAGUUUUAGAUCAUUACAUCUGGUAUGGUGCUAAUAUUUUAUUUGAAAAAAGUUACUGCACCUUAACUUAGUUAAUUACUAACUUUCUUUUAAAAAUAUAAUCAGUGUAUAUUGAUGAUAGCCAUGCGAUUUUGUAGGUUAUUUUAUGUUUGAGUUGUGACUGACAGUAUAUUGUAUAUGGUAUCGUGAGAUGAUUUGUAGUUAAGGAGCAUUCACAAAGUAGCACCAAAUAAAUUAUACUUUAUUGUUUAAUGUCAUUGUCAAUCUACUUUUAACCGAGAUUCAAUAAAUCUUUUAAUUGCCUUAAAUACACAAUUACUGGUUCUACGCACAAUUUAAAGUCAGCCUUAUUGCUUUAAAGUUCUAUUUUCCUUUAAGGCAGGUAAUCACUAUGUUCUAAAGCAGUUUUCCUAAUAGUACUAUUUUAUAUGCAUGAUUCAUAUACAACUAUAUUGUAUGUUCAAACAAAAUUGUAUUUUUAAUAUUCAGAUACAGAUGUAAAAUUACUUCCAAGUAUUUAUAAAAUGUGAAUAGACAGCAGAGCAGGAAGAAAGUAUCUUUUUUAUCAUUAUUAUUCACCUCUGAACUAGCAUAUAGAGCUAUAGAUUUUCCCGUUAUGAAUUAUGGGCAGAAUCUAGGAUUAAGACAUGAUGCACCUGUCAUCUGAUUUCCUCUGAACACUGACCUUUGAAGCACUCUGAAUUCUAACUUUUCUCCACUUAAAAAAUGAACUUGGUUACAUCUGUGUGAUUUAAUUUCUCGAAGUAGAAUGAAAGUACCGUAGUAGGAUAAUAAAAUAUUUAUAUAUCUUGAUUUGAACACUUGAAUAUUCAAAUUUAUUUUGAAUUGAUAUUCCAUAAGCUUCCAACAAAAAACUAAUCCUCUCCAUUUGAAUAUUAGAUUCCCCUCAGGAGUUUAAGCUCUGGCAGUUGUGUAGGAUGACUGCCUACCAUGCAGGACACGUGUCUAAAUCAGGUGGCAGAGACAGCGGCCUAGCGAUAGAUGUAACGUCUCUGUCUUCAGACAAAGCAUAGAAGGGAAACCAAUUUGCUGGCCAGAAGCCAUCCUCUGUUUUCAGCUUGUCAAUUUCUGUACAUUGAGCAUAACCGAGUGGUGACUUCUUUCUUCCAGAUUAUAGCAUGAUGUUUUUUAAUUGUUAAGCUUUAGUGUUAGAAAAAUUACUUAAUCUAGACCGUUCAUCUUCCAGAUGACACUCAGAUUAACUAAAUGACAAUGUGCAGAAUAUCUCCUUUUCCCUAGUCCAGUACUCUGUGAAGGGAUUUCCACCCACCCCACUGCCCCACUAUCUGUAUUGUAUGGAAUUUGAGGGAUUUCCACCCACCCCACUGCCCCACUAUCUGUAUUGUAUGGAAUUUGAGGGAUUUGAGAAUGAGAAAAAAAAAAAAAAAAAAGAUACCAUUGUCUUCUUAUAGAUCCCUGUAAUAAAUCUUUGGAAAACUUCUUGAGGACACCUAAACUAGGUUUUGGCUACUGAGAUCAACAAUUGUGAUUUCACAGUGUCUCUCCUGAGACUUAGUCAGCUUUAUAAAUCAAGAAAUACUGACUGAGGUGGCUCAGUCAGUUAAGCAUCCGACUCUUGGUUUCAGCUCAGAUCUGGCAGUUCGCGGGAUCGAGCCGUGCGGUGGGCUCUGUGCUGACAGUAAGGAUCCUGCUUGGGAUUCUCUCUCUCUCCCUCUGCCCCUCCCCUGCUCAUGUCCUCACUCUCUUUCUCACUCCCUCUUUCUCUCAAAAUAAAUAAAUUUUUAAAAAGAGAGAAAAACUGAUUGAGAACAUGAUGUAGAAAAUGUUCUAUGUUAUCCCCUAUAGUAAAUAAAAGUAACCAGAGCUUAGUGUCAGAUUUUCAAAAUCAGGCAGGGGUGGCAUGAGAAAGCAGGAAUAAGACAAAUGCGUGUACAAUGAUGGUUAAAGCCGGGACCCGCUAGGGAGGUGUAAAGGUCCAUGAUGGAUCGAUCAGAAAAGAGAGAGAGAGCCCACCAGACUGGGAGAGAUCGUGAAAGGCUGUGUAAGAUAACUGGAUGGAUAGUCUGUCAGAAGUUUGAUAAAAGUACUAUGAGGAGUGAACACUCCAGGAGGAGGGAGCUGGUUAAAGGAAGAGAGAGAAAACUCGUGGGGUAUGACUGAAGAAUAAAUGUUUGGUUUGGUCCGGUCUGGUUCCCAUGCUAUGUGUGCAUAGAAGCCUCAUGGAAUAUGUUGAUGAAAAUAUGCACUGAAACCAUAUUAUAAAAGGGUCAUGCUUUGAAAGAUGUUCAGACGGAGUCCUUCAGGAAAUGUGGCUUGUUUUUUGAGCAUUGGAAAAACAUUGUCGCAACUCUGUGGUAGGAAGAUCAAUUUGAAGACAAUUUAAAUGGGCUAUUGGGAAGAGUCUGAAAGUGAAAAAACAAUUAGGAAAAUAUUAUACAGGUUGGACUCCAAUGGAGGCAGUUGGGACUCAAAUUUCUUUUUUCCUGGUAUCCUUGACUUUCAGUUGAAACAUAUGCCUUCUUAUUGAAUGCUAUCUCUGUCAAAGUAGAAACUUUGAUAACCACAAUGAAGUCAUCCCAAGGGUGAAGUAGCUUGGAAGUUUUCUCAUGGCCUUGAUCACAGCUUUCUCAUAAGAAUUCCUACAGCAUGCUUUAAAAAAAAAAAAAUUAACCUUUUUUGCUCUACUUCUUUCUAAUCCAGAUCCCGUCCCGUGUCUUCCCCCUCCUCAAAGUUUCCUUAAGAAGAGAAAUUCAUGCAUAAGAUUAAGUCUACUAAAAUUCUGAUUGAUCAGAAAACUCUACAAAUGGUGUCUGAGCUACUGAACCAAAUCAACUCUGUGGUUUCGGGAUAGUCAAUAAAACUCUCUUCAAAAUAUCUAUGUCUGUAUCUAUAUAUCUAGAUGUAUGUCUAUAUAGAUAUAGAUUAUUCAUUAUAUCUAUUAUAUAUCUAUAACUGGAUUGUAUAAUCAACUCAGCGUUUCCUUGAUAAUUCACAAUUCUGAAGACUUCAAAUCUAUGACUUCAAAAAUCAACUCAUUUACAUUCAACUCAAUGAUCCUUUAUUAAACCUCUUUAUGCCUGGUGCUAGGCUAGGCAGUUGGAACACAUAAUUUAACUUUUUUUCUUUUCAUUUAUUUUGAGAUAGCUAGAGAGCACGAGCACGCAUGAGUGGGGCAGGGGCAGAGAGAGAGAGAGAGGGAGAGAGAGGGAGGGAAUCCCAAGCAGGCUCUGCACUACAGCGUGGAGCUUGAUGUGGGGCUUGAAUUCAUGAGCCAUGAAAUUAUGACCUGAGCCAAAGUCAGAUGCUUGACCAACUGAGCCACCCAGGCGCCCCUAACAUUCUUAACCUUAAGAUCCUUGCAAAUAAAAUUUCGUGUGACAAGUGCAGCAUGCAUGAAGCACAGAGUGGAUGGUGGGAAGCUGAAAGUGAACCAACUCCCUUUGAGAGCUCAGUGGUUGGGAGGAGAGAGAUAGGAAUGAAGACUUCACAGAGGAGGAAGAACAAACGAGCACUUGGUUCCAUAUUUUAGAUCUAAGUGAUUUACAUCUGAAUCCAGAUGAAUUUGUGUUUAUUCUAUGGACAUGUUGAUACUGUUUUUACAAAUAUAUGCUUAAUAAUUCUUUUUUUUUCAUCAUUUACUUUUUUCUCAUAAAAGUGGAAUUAGAAUAAAGGUCCACUUCCUUAAUAAUUAUGAUAAGAUUGAUUUUUAGUGUGUUAUAAAAAGUAUGCAAGUGAAAUUGAGUGCAGAGCAUGGAUGGGUGAAAUAAUGACUCUUCCAUUAUAUCUCAAUUCAUUUAUUCAACCAAUGAAUACCAUUUAUUCAACUUACUACUAUAUGUUAAGCACUGUUGUGUGUGCAUGUGCCAUAGCUGUUAAAAAAUUCUGAAGAAGCCCUCCCCUCUCUUGUUGAGAGAGACAGAAAUUAUACUAAAUAAAUGUUAAAGUAUUAUAUACACAUGGUAUGUUUGAUAAUGAAAAGUAACAUGGACAAAAGGAGUACCAGUGUUAAGGAGGGAUUAGGAAGAAGACGUUAGUGUAAAGGUGAUAUUAGAGUAAACAAGUUAUAUAGCCAUCUGGGGGAAGAGCAGAGGGAACAGGUGAGGUGCAAAGGCUCUGAGGUGGACACAUGCCUUGAUAGGUUUCGGGAAUAGAAAGUGGCCAACGUGGCUCGAACAGAUUGAGGGAGGGGAAGAGAAGUACCAUAUGAGAUCAGAGAGCUGAAAGGAUGCCAGAUGAUAAGCUAUAGCAAUGACUUUGCUGUUUAUUCUGGGUAAGACUCCGUUGGAUGGUUUAGAGAGAGGACUGACUUGACUUUUUAAAUAACAUUUAGUUAUUUAGUUUUAAAAUUAAGAUACAUUUUUCAUUAAGAUAUAAAUUCACCCCUUUUAGCAUAUAGUCCUGAGCACAUAUCAUCAUGUAACCACCACCAAAAAGUAUAGAACAGUUCUAUCAUUCUAGAAAGUUCUAUAGUUCUAUAGAACAGUUCUAUCUUUCUAGAAAGUCUCCAAAGACACAUGGAGGCAUGUGUCUUUGUAGCCAACUCCUUAUUUCACCCUCAGCCCAUCUACUGAUCUGUUUUCUGUCCUUAUAAUUUACCUUUUUCAGACUGUCAUAUAAAUGGAUUAUACAAUAUAUAGCUUUUGAGUCUUUGCGUAAUAUAUUGGAUAUUCAUCCAUGUUGCUGUGUGUAUCAGUAGUUUAUUUCUUUUUAUUGUGAAGUAAUAUUUUAUUGUAUGGAUGUAUCACAGUGUAUGCCUUUCCCAGUUAAGGGACAUUUGCACUGUCUCCAGUUUCCAGUUGUUAUGAAUAAAGUCACUAUAAACAUU